AUGUUUAUAAUUCCCCCACCAUCAACAAAUAACUGUGUAACAACAGCCCAAAUAAUGGUUGCUGCCGCUGCAGCGGCCGCAACUUUUGGUACUUUUCCUUCUCAAUCAUCAUUUGCUGAUCUUUUUGGAAAUUUAAAUAAUAAUUUAAAUUUACAACAAAAUAUUUUGGGAUCAGAAGAUGAUGGGGAUAAUUUAAAUAUUAAUAAUGAACAACAAACUUUCCAGCAACAAUUAAAUAAUGUAUUAAAUGCAGUCUCAACAAAACAUGUAUUUAAUAAAUUUGGAUUAGAUUUUACAAAAGAAAAUGAUGGAGAACAACAACAAUAUUUAAAUUUAACACCAACAAUAUUUAAUUUACCUUCCUUUUAUUCUUCUAAUAAUGAUUUAAAUAAUUUUAAAAAUGAUCAAGAAUUUAAUUCUUCUUUUUCUUCAUCAACUCCUCAUCAACAUAUAUUAACAGAACCAGAAUUAAUUAAAAAUAAAGAAAAAUCAGAACCUUCAAUAAUUAAAACAACAACAAAUAAUUUUAAAAAGCAAAAACGUUCACAAUCAGUAAAUACAACAAUUAAUUAUUUAAAUAAAGAAGAAAAAAUAAAUAAAACAAUUAAUGAAAAUAAUAAAGAAAGAAUUUUAAUUAAACAAAGGGGGAAAAUAAAAGAAUCGUCAAUAAAUGUUUCUUUAAAUUUAAAUGGAAUUAUUUAUAGAGGAAUUUUAUUUGCUUGUUUUAAUAAAAAUAAUUUGGAAUUAAAUGAAAAAGAUGACUGGGAAUUUUUAAUAAAAGAUGAAAAUAAUUAA